GCCACUUAGUCCUUGACAGUUGGCUCUCUGUGCAGACAAAGAUCUACACAGCCCUCGGGAAUAUUUGCUUCCUGCCUAACGUUGUAUUCUAAUGGUUGAUUGUGUACGGGAACUCUUAACACCAACACUUGACAUCUGGGCUCUUUUCAGUCAUUCCAGCGGUGUAAGGACCUUCAGUAACUGCAGCAUAGAGGAUUUUUCUAAGUUUAUCUCAAGUCCAAACUCCCAUUGUCUUCAGAACCAGCCAAAGCUACAGCCAUCUUACAAGGCGCCCGUCUGUGGGAAUGGAAAGUUGGAAGAAGAUGAAGUUUGCGACUGUGGAGGAGACAAGGGCUGUGAACAGGACCCAUGCUGUAACCCUACCACCUGUGGGCUGUCCGUCGGUUCCGACUGUGCUUCGGGGCCAUGCUGUCAGGACUGUAAAUUCAAGAACAAAGGGGAGGACUGCAGACCUACCAGCGACGAGUGUGAUGUCCCCGAGUACUGCAACGGCACGUCCGCAGUGUGCGAGGAGGACUUCUUCAUUCAGAACGGGCAUCCGUGUGGGGACAACAAGUGGCUCUGCAUCAACGGCACGUGUCAGAGUGGAGCAAAGCAAUGCCAGCAAUUAUUUGGCAGCGGUACUUUUAAUCAUUUCGUUUUUUUUUUUUUUCCACUUAAGCAUUUUCUGGGUUCUGAAAGGAAAUGGACGG